CUCAGUUUUUAUUCGCUUGCACCGUCAAAAUGUCUAUCCUUCCCAAGAAGUUCCCGGCGCCUGUCGCCAAGCCGAUGUUCCCCUUCUUCGCCGCCGGCCUCGUCAUUCUCUACGGCGUCAACUCCUUCGCCAAUGUCCUGAUGUCGACCGAUGAGUUCAAGAACGAUCCCCGCAACCCCAACCGCAAGGCUGGUGACAAGCACUAAAUUGAUCGAGCGAUUGCAUGAUACCAUGAGGGAGGAAGAUAGCGAGUUGAAACGGGCGGCCUAGUGCCGCCUUGGCCGCUAUUCCGCGUCUGUAUCCGUUUGGCAGGCAGUUUCUCUGU